AUGAUCAACGUAUUUAAACCACCAACGUUGUAUCCAAGAUAUGCGGUUUCUAACGAUACUUCUUCUGCUUCGAUAUUACAAUAUAACGGUAGUAGUCUAUCUGAAACACCCAUCUUGCCCUUUAAUUACACGAUAGAAGGCUUGACUCGAGAUGUUUAUCCCAAGCCAUUACAUUCUCACAACGAUUAUUGGAGAAAGCACCCGUUAUUCGAUGCUCUAGGGGUCGGUGCUGUAUCUAUUGAAAGCGAUAUUUGGCAUUUCCCAAAGAACUAUACUUUGCAAAGAACAACUACAGAGUCUACCGAUGUAACAACAACACCAAAUGAAACUUUAUAUUUCCGCAAUGACGAAAUUUACGUUGGUCAUAACCAAGUGUUUUUGCACCCAAUCAAUACGCUAUUUAAUUUAUAUCUUAACCCUUUGUUUCAGUUUUUGCAAUAUGCUAACCCUGACUUUGAAUUUACUGAUGGUAGUGGCAAUGCAUUGCUAGGUGAGACUCUGGCCACUCAAGCUACUAAGCAUAGCAUUUUUUAUAAUGAUCCUGAACAACAAGUGUACCUUUGGUUCGACUUUAAAACGGAACCCAACUCAACAUACGAUGCUUUGAAACCACUUUUGAAACCAUUUAUUGAUAGCAGUUAUUUGACGUAUUACAAUGCAACUGAUGAUACUUUACAUCAAGGACCAUUGGUUUUGACAAUAACUGGAAACUUGCCAGUUGAGAAAGUUCAAGAAGAAUCGGUUCGCUAUGUCUUUUUGGAUGGCCCGUUAAGUUCUUUCAACUCAUCAGCAGAUGACGAUUAUUUGCAAAAAUGGAGUAAAUUAUCAAGAAUUGCUAGUGGUGGAAUUGAGGAGUUGUUGGGAGAUCAAUAUAAUACAAGUUUAAGGAAUAAGUUUGAUGAAACUCAAAAGGAGACACUAAAGGGGCAUUUCGAUGUGGCUCAUAAAUAUGGACUAGGUACUAGAGUAUGGGGGGAUAUUACCUGGCCUUUGAACUUAGUUGAUCUGCAUUUAGCCGAUUUGUUCCAAUUGGGUUCUGAUUUGAUAAAUGUAGAUGAUUUACAAAGAGCAAAAAACUUGCUUUUUUGA